AAUUAUCACGAUGGGUCGAGAAUCCCGGCGAGACCGAAUGGUCCUGCUUACAACUCACUAUCGCGCUCCGUAAUUACCUGUCACAGGUGUGCGCGCCCUCCGAGAUUCACACGGUUCAUCUCGUAUCUCCUUUAGCUCCUUUCUACUCGUUCCGUUCGCGUGUGGAUAUGUAUGAUGCGAAUCGGAGUGUAUUGCCGAGUGUGCGAUGUAGGAUCUCUCUAUCUCGUCGGAUUAAAAUACGUAUCUGCACGUGAGGGAGAAUAAGAAAGAGACGUUCACGCAUAACGGAGAAGAGUGUGAGACAGAAAAGAAGAAAAAGAAUAGAGAAAGUGAGGAGAGAAAGAGAGGAGCGACAUGGCGCCCCCCAACAGACCGCCUCGCCCUGGCUCCGGUCUCAGCCUCUCCGUACUCGACCUGGCGCAGAUACGAGCGUUGGUCGAGUCAACGGGGAUGCUGGGCGGAUCCACGUGUCCGUCCUGCGAGAUGCCGUUCGACAAGGGCAAGAAACGUCGUCUGAUCGACUCCUGCGGUCACGAGCGUUGCUACUCCUGCCUGUUUCGCAGCGAGGCCUGUCCGCUCUGCUUGCACGGCUACGAUCUCAACAACGAUGACGGACUGGAGGAACCGACUCUCAGGGACGAGUUCGCCGCUUCCACGGCACCGCUGUCCGUUUUCGCGCCCACAGACGGUUGGCUCGAUGAGUCAUCGACGGUGAAUUCUCUCUGCGGCAGCCCCAGGCUACCACGCACCAAAAUCACCACGAGGGCUAAUCUGCCAUCGCGGGUUAUGCACCAGCGAGCCGGGGUAGAAAAUCUCUCGUUGAUAACGAUGGGGAAGAACUUGAGAAGCAAACCUUCAGAGCUUCCAGAUCCUUCUAUCUCCCAAGGUCAACAAAAACUUGAAAUGACACAAAGUUGUCCCACCCCGCCGAAUCAACGAAAAAGAUUCUUCUUCAACCCGAAAGUGCUCAGAAGCUCCUUCGCCGCCCAGAGAUCCUCGAGACGUACAGCAUCCUCGCCCGAACCGACCGUGAAUGAAAAUCCUUCUGCGUUAUCAGAUGACGAGGGCGGUUGCGUGAAACCGUUGUCUUCGAAAACCAGGAAGUCGUCGCAAUCGGAUCUGUACAUGAGACUGGGCCUGCUGUUGGGAUCCGGUCGAGCGAACGCGAGCGCGGAAUCGGGUGCGUGUCCCUCCUCGCGAGCCCCAGCAGCCCAGGGACAUGAUAGCUCAGCAGCCUCUUUUAGCAGUCUGACCAGCUUCGAGACGCAGACACUGGCCUCGACGAAUACGAGUCCGGUCUCGACGUUGACGGGCACGUCAAGCGAAGCGGAGGCCGCCGCGGCAUUGCGAUGCCCCGUCAAACCAAAGGCCAAGGCCAAGGGAAAGACCAAGUCCAGGGACUGUGACAGCGCCGGCAGCUUGGCGUCCAUCUCCACGUCAUUAUCCGCGUCCACGUCUAUGUCCAUGUCUAUGUCAGUGUCCGUUUCUGGUCUCUCGAACGGUAGCGGCUCGAGUCCGCUCGCGUCUAGAAGGCACUCCGCCAAUGCCGCGCAGACGGGCCAGACCGAUGAACUUGGCCAGCUGAGGAACAGACGGUCUUGCGCCCGGAGAUCAGCGAGAGCCGGCAAUGUUAAGGGUCCGGCGGACGCUAAACUACGUUUCGUUCAGCAUCACGCGGCUCAGUUGACCCUGAAACCGUUGUUCUUCGAAGUGCCGUUAUUAGAGGAGGAUCCGCUUUUCGCCGGACGGCAAUGGCUGUUACACGAAUUGGAAUCUGUGAUCAAUGGCUCUAGUCCCGGCAUUCUGAUCUCCGGAUCGCCGGGCACGGGAAAGACCGCGCUUGUGCUGCAGUUGGUGGAACACAGUUGUUUCGGGAGAAGAAGGGAACAGCUGGGAAGAUCCUCGGAAAUGAGUGAGGAAUGCGAUGAGAAGGAGAGGCAGAGUAAUAACGCGACUCUUCAAGCUAAUAUUCGACAUACCAACGAAAAGGUUCGCGAAUUAGCUUCGCACGUCGUGGCAUAUCACUUUUGUCAAGCCGACAACAAUAGUACCUGUCUAGUGCCGGAUUUAAUUCACUCGCUAGCGGCACAACUCUGCCAGGCUCCUCAAUUGAUCUCGUAUAGGGAAUAUCUAUUGUCCGAACCUCACCUUCAGGGCUCGCUAUCGCAAAGGGAAUGCACCGUCGUCUCGACCUUGAAGAAAGCUAAUAGACUACCAGUCUCCAAUAUGGUAAUAUUAAUCGAUGCCGUUUGUGAAGCGGAAUAUCACAGGCCAGAUAGAGGCGAUACUAUAGCUUCUUUCCUGACGAGGCAUGCACCUAACAUUCCCAGUUGGUUGAAGAUUGUUUGCACAGUCAGGACGCAGUUGCUGGAUUGCGCGAAGCAAUUGCCAUACACGAGAGUUUCGUUAGACAAGACUGCAAAUGACGCGAUUGGUAACAGUAUCGCGAAAGAUCUGUCCGAUUAUGUCGGUUACAGACUCGCGCAAAGUCCCUCCAUACAGGCGAACGUGACUGCGUCGGUGAACGGCAAGGCGGAAUCAUCGUGCAGUGCGAAUCAGACGAGAUUCGCAUCGCAUCUGCUUGCGCUAGCUAAAGGCAGCUUCCUCUUCGCCAAGCUAUCGCUCGAUCUUAUCGAGAGCGGCCAUUUAGUCGCUAAAUCUGCGAGCUAUAAGGUAUUACCGGUCUCUCUCGCGCAGAUCUUUCAGUUACAUUUUAACUUAAGAUUUCCUACGGUAGCCUCAUUCGAUAAAGUGCAACCUCUUCUGGCCGUCUGUUUGGCAGCUCUGUAUCCACUGACCUUACCUGAAAUUUUUUAUUCUGUAAAUUCUUUAAAUGUGGACCAUUUUAUCUCAUGGGAAGACUUUUUACAGAGAUUUAAGAUGCUCUCUGGUUUCCUUGUGAAACGUCUAGACAAUACCUACAUGUUCUUCCAUCCAUCGUUCAGGGAAUGGUUGAUGAGAAGAGACGAGGGGGAAUCGACAAAGUUCCUGUGUGACUACAGACUCGGGCACGCGGCGAUAGCGUUCAGACUAUCCCGCCUUCAAGCGCCGUUAGACGGUGACAAAGCCUUGGAACUGGGUCAUCAUGUAUUGAAGGCGCACGUUUAUAGAGGCGUAGCUCCGUGCUGGCCUUCGCGCGAUUUACAAGCUAUCUGGCUGACUCUGUCGACCGAAUGCAUCUCCUCGGCGUUAUGCACGCUUCGGAAUAUCUACAGUCCAAAUGUGAAAGUGUCGCGGUUGCUCCUGCUGGCGGGCGCAUCACCGAACCAUAUCACCGAGUAUUUGGGUAACGCACCGGCUUUAUGCAUGUAUGCACACGAGGGUUUCGUCGAGAUGGUAUCUCUCCUUCUUGAAUUCGGCGCCGAUGUCGAACUGACCAAUAGCCAAGGGUGUACGGCAUUAUCGCUGGCAGCUGCCCGAGGACACUGCGACGUUGUCAGAAGAUUGGCUGCCGCUGGAGCCUUGUUAGGACACGCGGACAUGGCUGGCCAAUGUCCUCUGGUGCAUGCGGCGAAGCACGGAAGACUGUCCGUGGUUGGAUAUCUUCUUGCUUGCGACUGGGUCCUGCCAACCGGUGAAAAUAGACCGGAAAGCGUUACCUCGGAAAUAGGCAGAGAGGAAGCCGCCCAGCAAGCCGUCGUCGCGGCCGCUUCGCAGGGUCACGAAGCUGUCGUGGAAUAUCUUUUAGACAUGGCCGAAGUGAUUGUAGAUCGUCCCGAUACGUUGAUAGGCGAGACCGCUCUAACGAUCGCCGCCGCGAAUGGCUCGACCGCAACAGUUUCCGCACUUUUAGCCCGCGGUGCUAAUCCUACAGCUGUAAACGCGAAAGGCCUCUCCCCUCUCAUGCUCGCCGCCAAGGAAGGACAUUGGGGUACUGCUGAGCGACUUUUGCAAGGAGAUUUAUCCACCAGCACGGACGCAAUAUUGGACGAAGCUGUAUCGCUCCUUGAACAACGCGAUCCCGCUGGUCGUACCGCGUUAAUGCUGGCCGCUUCCGAAGGCCACACCAAUCUUAUCGAGCUGUUUCUCGAUAAAGGAUCGAUUUUAGAAACGAGAGACAAGGAAGGACUCACUGCCCUCGGCUGGGCUUGCGUUAGAGGACGCGUAACUGUCGUACAGAUGUUGCUCGAUCGCGGCGCCAAUGUUGGUACGAACGACAAUACUGGUAGGACUCCUUUGGAUUUGGCCGCAUUCCAGGGUAAUCCAAAACUAGUACAGCUGUUACUUGAGAAGGGAGCCGCGGUAGAACACGUCGAUCUUCACGGCAUGCGUCCUCUAGAUCGUGCUAUCGGAUGUCGCAAUAUUCCGGUGGUCCAAUGUUUUUUGCGUCGUGGCGCUAAACUGGGUCCCGCCACGUGGGCUAUGGCUGCGGGAAAACCGGACGUUUUAAUAAUUCUGCUGAAUAAACUUUUAGAAGACGGCAAUGUCUUGUAUCGGAAGAAUAGAUUGAAAGAAGCGUCGCAUCGAUACGCGUAUGCUCUUAGAAAAUUUCCAGCCUCACCGGAAGAAGAUUGCCAGGGGCAAGAACAAGGUCACAUGAUGCUGCAGCUCCAAACCUUUACACAGCUCCGAUUGAAUUUCCUUCUAAAUCUCAGCCGAUGCAAGCGCAAGAUGAACGAAUGUGUCGAAGCCAUCGAACUCGCCGACGAAGCUCUCGGCGUCCGUUCCGUUUCUUAUGAAGCGUUCUAUGCCAGAGCUAAGGCUCGCGUGGACUUAGGUUUGUUCGAGGACGCCUUAUCGGACGUUCAGGAAGCUCUUCAAAACGUGCCGGUUCACAACAGACAAGAUCGUAGAGUACUCGCAGCCCUGAAAGACGAGAUCAUCUCUCGGAUCGAUGGUACUGGAACCAAUAAAGGGCACGAAGAUUAUAUUGCCAGAUCGCGCCUUCGAGCAUCAGUGGAUACUCUUACGGAGUUAUAACGUUACUUGAAUUAAAAUAUUCGAAUAAGUUAAGUCUAUACAAAUCAAUUCGAUCACAAGCGCGAUAAUAAAAUAAUAAAAAUAAUGAUAAUUUACGCUUGUUAUAAUCCAUGAUGCAAUUUACGAUCGUAUUUAACGAAAUGGUCAAACAAGCUUUAUCCAAGUUUUAACUUUCCUAAAGAUCUAAAAGGUCUUUUACUCUGCGUUUGUGCUUAUUGAGUGAUAGCAACGACAACUUAUUGUGAAAAAUUAGGAAACUAUAUCUUUAAUAUUGAGAUGCCUCUGUAUCAUAAAUACAUCUCUGACACAAUGGCGCUCUUAAUGCGCGGCUUUUACAUACUUUCACUAUAUACAUUCGAAUAACUUAUUAUAUAGAUAUUUAAUCCUUAGCGUUGCUCAGAGAAUUCAACACAAAAGCUUGAUUCGAUUAAAUUUACGUCCUGUGUUAGAAAAAAAAGAGAAAGAGCUUCUCUUUUUUAUUAAAAAUAUAUAAUCAAAGAUAUAGGUGUUAAACGAUUCGCGCGCGGAUUUCUAACAUUUGAAGCUUACUUUUAAAUUUACAAUAUUUUACAAUCUCUUAUGGAUAUAUUUAUAUUAUAUUUAAUACGCAAAAUAAAUUGUAUGCUUAAAAGCCAGUUUUGAAUAAAGACUCUACGAUGGUUGAGCUAUAUUAUUACGAAUUGUACGCGUUAUUCUGUAAGAUGUGCUUGAAAAAUUUUUUUCUUCAGUAUUUUUACAUCUACGGAUCUUGCCAAGUAAAAGUAUUUUUAGAGCUUAUGAAAAUAGCUGUAACAAAAGCGUGCCGAUUUAACAGCAUUGUCCGGUAAAAUUCGCCGAUCAAAUUGCCAUCAUUUACAUAUCAUCAUUUUAUUAAAAACAAAUUGUAAUAUAUCAAUCGAUGAUACGUUGAGAUUGUCAAUUAUUAUUAUCAUGUAGAAUACUUGGUAUUUAUAUAGCUGGCAAAACAUUGAUUAAAAUGUUGUUUGUUUGAAUAUUAAUUGUAAACGCACAAAAGAUGUCCGAUGCCUUCUAUUAUGAUGCGAGCUUAAAUAUUAUAUGAUAUAUUGUAUGAUUUUUUGGAGUGAAAUAUUGUAUGAUUUUUAUUCAAUUAUAUAAAUUGAAUAAAAAUAUAUACAGUAGACCCUCGUAUAAUAUGGGGUAUAUAUUCUGUUUAAUGCGAUUCCACGUUAUACAAUGUGGUAUGUACAGUUGGAAAAUAUGUUGUUUAUUAUAAAAGAAACUAAAUUUUUCACAAAAUUUGAAAUUUAUCUAUUGUAUUAUAUGGAGCUGAUUUACCCAUUAUAGAAAUAUCACGCUCUCUAUACAAGGUUUUACUGUAUAUAUACAAUCACUGUGUAUUAUAUCAGCGUAAUACACAGCAUAAUUAGCCUUAUGGAGUGUCAUUCUAAUUUAAAUAAAUUAUUCAACUUGCUUUUUGAUAUCAGUAUUUUAUAUAUUAUAAAAAGAAAAUAUAUAUUAUAGUGCAACAUUCUUAUUAAUAAAUUGAACGUGGAACGCGCAUAUGAUAUAAUUAUAAAUCAUAUAUAAUAAUUUUUAAUUUUUCAGCUAUAAAAUAGUCACAGACAUCCUCACUCCAGACAUGAGAAAAAUGCGAUAUUAUUAACAUCUCGCAGUAAUAUUAAUAAUAUUUACAUCUUGCCAAGCGUAUAUAAGGUGUCGCGAAAAUUCCGAGUUCCUUGACCAAUUGAAAAACAUUUAUAUCGAAUGUUAUUGACUCCGUCAUAAUGAACAAUGGUGUCAAAUAAAUUAACUUUUUAUUAA